GCUAGCCAGAUGCUAGGUGACGGUCACAACUUAUGUUAGCUCCGAGCUUGGUACCAUUCUUUGGUAUGUGCUAGCUAGAAGCUAGGUACCACCCUCUGGUAUGUGUUAGCUCCAAGCUAGGUAUAAUUCUCUGCUUCUGCUAGCUAGAAGCGAGAUACCACCAUCUGCCAAGUGUUGGCUAGAAGUUAGAUAAAUCCUCUGCUUGUGCGAGCUAGAAGCUAGGUACCAUUCUAGCUGUUUGCCUGUGUCCCAGGUAUGCUGUGCUGGGGACCCUGUGGAACGUGAUGGGCAUCGGCCUGUCGCUGUACGGCGUGUGCCUGCUGGCCCCGGAGUCCCUGGGGGACGUGUCCCUCCUGCACUGCCUGCUGUUCGGCUCCCUGAUCGCGGCCGUGGACCCCGUGGCCGUGCUCUCCGUCUUCCAGGAGAUCCACGUGAACGAGCAGCUCCACAUCCUGGUGUUCGGCGAGUCCCUGCUCAACGACGCCGUCACUGUGGUUCUAUAUAAGCUCUUUGAAUCCUUCCUGCGCAUGCCCACCAUCUCGGGCGUGGACGUCCUUCUGGGGGGCUGCCGGGUGGUGGUGGUGGGUCUGGGGGGCCUCUGCCUGGGCCUGUUCUUCGGCCUGCUGGCCGCGCUGACCUCCAGGUUCACGUCGCGGGCGCAGGUCAUCGCGCCGCUCUUCGUCUUCCUCUACUCCUACCUGUCCUACCUCACCUCCGAAAUGCUCCACCUCUCUGGGAUCAUGGCCAUUGUGACGUGCGCGGUCACCAUGAAGCAGUACGUGGAGGCCAACGUGUCCCAGCGCAGCAACACCAGCAUCCAGUACUUCCUCAAGAUGUGGAGCAGCGUCAGCGAGACCCUCAUCUUCAUCUUCCUCGGGGUGUCCACCAUCCAGGACGUGCACAUGUGGGACUGGCCCUUCGUCUGCUCCACCCUGCUGCUCUGCCUGCUCUGGAGGGCGCUGGGGGUCCUGCUCCUGACGGCGGUGGUCAACAAGCUGCGCAGGAACGCCGUGACCUUUAGGGAUCAGUUCAUCAUCGCCUACGGUGGCCUGCGAGGCGCGAUAUGCUUCUCCCUCGUCUUCCUCAUCGACGACUUCCCGAAGAAGAGGCUCUUCAUCACCACCACCAUCGUGGUCAUCCUCUUCACGGUCUUUGUUCAGGGGAUGACCAUCAAGCCUCUGGUGGAGCUGCUGGAGGUGAAGAAGCGAAAGAGAGCUCUGCCCACCGUGAGCGAGGAGAUCCACAGCAGGAUCCUUGACCACCUGCUGGCCGGGAUAGAGGAUGUGGUCGGCUAUUGGGGACAGCACUACUGGAAAGACAAGUUUGAGCAGUUUAACAAGAAGUAUCUGCGACGUUUCCUGAUCCGCGAGGAACGCCAGGAAUGCUCCAGCAUCCUCCGAGUUUACGAGGAACUGGAGAGACGAGAGCAGAGGGGAGAAGAGGAGACGCCGAUAACACAAGUGGAGCAUUGCUCCCAGGAAAGAACCCUCAUCCUGGAGUCCCGCCCCCACAGCAGGCCCCUCCUCCCGGAGGAGAUGGACAGCAUCAGACGCAUACUCUCCAGGAACCUGCACAACUUCAACAACAAGCAAACCCCAGCCUACAGCCGCCACACUCUUCACCAAGAGUCGUCCACCGACCGGGUCCGGAAGCCCCUACACAGGCGCCAGAGUCUGGCAGAGAGCAGCUCCUACCCCCCCUCAGCCCAGCACGGCCCCCAGGGGGAACGUCUGGAGCUCAGUGGAUCCCAACGGAAACGGACGGGCCUCAGCCGCUCUCACACAGUGUGCUCCACAAGCCCCAGGCCGGGGCCUCUGGACAGCCCAGACCCAGAGCCCGCUGGUCAGCCGCAGAGAGAGGGCCAGGGCCCAGCAGCCGGUGUGGACCCCUCGCCGCCCCCCCCCCAGACCCCUUCAGAGCACCAGGAGCCCCUCAGGAGGCCCCCGAAGAAACAGCUCAGCUUUGCUUUUGAGAACGAGAAGCAGGCAUAAAGACCGACCUGAACAAAAAAAGCCUAAAGAUGUUUAAGAAGUGUAAAGGACACAGCUUUCAUGUGUAUAAAAGUAGCGCCCAUGAAUAGCUAAAUUGCUAAAGCUAGUUAUCAUAUUUUACCUUUCUUUCACGGAGUGUCAGAGUGCGUGCCUGUCCUGAUGAUUAUGUUGUUUAUACAGUAUAGCAUCCAAUAAAGAUGGGGACAUGGAUGGU